AUGAAGCUGUCACUUCAGGAUCUCAUAGCAGUGGAGUCUGCUCGGAUAAUUGACAAUUACUCAGUCAGUUGGUGCCGUAUAAAAGGCGGCAGCUGCCUUGUCAGAGACACAUUUCAGCAGCAGCAACAGCAGCGGCAGCAAACCACAAUGAACACCCUGAUCGUCCUGAGCGCCGUCCUGGCAGUAGCAGUGGCCACCCCCGGCUACCUGGGUGCUACCCCCGCUGCAGUAGUAGCGCCGGCCGCCUACGCCGCCCCCGCAGUGGUCGCCGCCCCCGUCCACCCUGGGUACGCCACCUACGGCCCUGCCCCCAUCGCCGUCCGCUCUUACGGCUACCUGCUGGACACCCCUGACGUGGCUGUGAACAAAGCCGCCCACCUGACCGCCGUCGCCCAGACGAGGCGCUGUAUAAAAGGCGGCAGUCGCCGGUGCAGAGACACAUUUCAGCAGCAGCAACAGCAGCAGCCGCAGACUGCCAUGAACACUCUGAUCGUCCUGAGCGCCGUCCUGGCAGUAGCAGUGGCCACCCCCGGCUACCUGGGUGCCGCCCCCACUGCAGUAGUAGCGCCGGCCGCCUACGCCGCCCCCGCAGUGAUCGCCGCCCCCGUCCACCCUGGGUACGCCGCCUACGGCCCUGCCCCAAUCGCCGUCCGCUCCGACGGCUACCUGCUGGACACCCCUGACGUGGCUGUGAACAAAGCCGCCCACCUGACCGCCGUCGCCCAGACGAGGGCCCGCGACGCCAUCAUCAACGGCGCUGCUGUGCUGGCCGCCCCCGCCGUCGCCGCCCCCGUGGCUUACGCCGCCCCCGGAGCCCUUGCGGCCGCCGCCCACCUUCACGCGAAAGCUGCUCUGCUGGGCUGAAAUGUCCGCCAGCUACAGUUUGCAUCGGUUUCUUCACACGGCUGUACUUGUAUAUUUUUCCAUUGAAAUAAACCACCCUUCAAUGUAUAUAA